AUGAAGACACUGGGUUUGAUCGGUGGUAUGAGCUGGGAAUCCACAACCACCUAUUACCAAGAAAUAAAUCGUCGGGUCCGCGACGUCCUGGGCGAUCUGCACUCCGCCGAAUGCAUAGUAUUCUCAUUCGGCUUUGCCAAAAUCGAAGCACUUCAACAUGUUGGCAAAUGGGAUGAAGCUGGUCUACUGCCCGACGACUCAGGGAAGAGACUCGCGCUUGCUGGUGCAGAAGGUAUUGUGCUUUGCACCAACACCAUGCAUUUCGUAUCUCAUGGAAUGGAGACGGCAGCUGGGUUACCUCUAAUCCACAUUGUUGAUCCAACGGCUGAAGCGAUCCUCAAGGCUGGCUACAAGUUGGUCGGGCUAUUAGGGACACGAUUCACCAUGGAGAAGGACUUUUACAAAUCUCGUCUAGCGGAGAAAUUCAAUCUUGAAGUCGUUGUUCCAGUUGAUAAGGACAAUUAUACUGUGCACAAGAUCAUUUACAAAGAGCUUUAUGAGACGCAGAAUGAGUUACCAAUUUUCGAUACGGCGCGGAUCCAUGCCAUAGCUGCUGCCGACUGGGCUAUGGAGGACACCAAAGAGCAAUAG